AUGGCUGAACAAAAAGAAGACGCUAGUAGUUCUACUUCUGCUUUUGUCUCUUCAUUAGUCUUUAAUGGAUUAAUCCUAUUAAUCUUAGUCUUAGCUUUUGUUGCUUUAAGACCAAAAAAUAGACGUGUUUAUGAACCAAAAACCCUAGAUUUAAAAGAUACUAAACCGGAACAAAGACCUCCAAGAGCUCCAAAAGGUCCUUUCCAAUGGAUUACUUUCUUAUUAUCAAGACCUCAAGGUUAUUUAUUACAUUAUGCUGGUGUUGAUGGUUAUUUAUUUUUAAGAUUUAUUUCAAUUUUCGCUGGUAUUUCAUUCCUUGGUUGUUUUUUGAUCUUACCUGUUUUAUUACCUGUUAAUGCAACUAAUGGUAAUUCAUUAAAAGGUUUUGAAUUAUUAAGUUAUUCAAAUGUUAAAAAUAUAAAUCGUUUUUAUGCUCAUGUCUUUGUUGCUUGGGCUUAUUUUGGAUUUAUAAUGUUUGUUAUCUAUAAAGAAUUGGUUUAUUAUGUUUCUCUAAGACAUUCUAUUCAAACUACUCCCCUUUAUGAUGGGUUAUUAUCUUCAAGAACUUUAUCCCUAGUUAAUUUACCAGAAGAUUAUCUUUCUGAAGAUGAAAUUAGAAGAAUUUUCCCAAUUUAUACAAGAUUAUGGUAUGCUCGUGAUCAUACUGAACUAAAUAAAUUAGUUGAAGAACGUACCAAACUAUCAACCAAGUAUGAAGGUGCCUUGAAUGGUGUCAUUGCAAAAGGUGUUAAAUUACAACAAAAAUUAACUAAAAAGGGUGAAACAUUACCAACUGAACCACAAGGUUAUAUUAAAAAAGAACCAACUCAUAAAUUGGGUAAAAUUCCAUUUAUUGGUGAAAAAGUUAAUACUAUAGAUUAUUCAAUUGAUAAAAUUGGGGAAUUAAAUACAGAUAUUUCAGAUCGUCAAAAAAAUGCAAAUACUGCUCAACAAUUACAUUCUGUUUUCAUUGAAUUCCCAAAUCAAUUGGAAGCUCAAAGAGCUUAUCAAUCUGUUCCAUAUACUGAUUUGAAAAAGACAACAAGAUUUAUUGGUGUUGCUCCUGAUGAUAUUAUUUGGUCAAAUUUAAAAGCUUCCAAAACUUCAAAAACAUUGAAAAGAAUUGGUGCAAAUACUUUCUUAACUUUAUUAAUUAUCUUUUGGGCUAUUCCUGUUGCUGUGGUUGGUUGUAUUUCAAAUGUUAAUUUCUUGAUUGAAAAAUUACCAUGGUUAAGUUUUAUUAAUAAUUGUCCACCAGUUAUCUUGGGUUUAAUUACAGGUCUUGCACCAACUAUUGCUUUAGCAAUUUUGAUGUCCCUUGUUCCAGUUUUCAUUAAAUUAGCUGGUAAAAUGUCUGGUGCUACAACAAAACAAGAAUUAGAUUUAUAUUGUCAAUCUUGGUAUUAUGGAUUCCAAGUUGUUCAAGUUUUCUUAGUUACAACAUUAGCAUCAGCUGCUUCAUCAACUGUUACUGCAAUUAUUAAUGAACCAAAAAAAGCUUCAACUUUAUUAGCUAAGAAUUUACCAAAAGCUUCAAAUUUCUAUAUUGUUUAUUUCUUAUUACAAGGUUUAGGUAUGCCAGGUAUGGCAUUAUUACAAAUUGGUCCAUUAAUUGUUUCAAAAGUCCUUGGUUUCCUCAAGAACACACCAAGAAAAAAAUGGGAAUCAUUUAAUACUAUUGGUGGUCCUUCAUAUGGUGUCUUGUAUCCAGUUUAUCAAUUAUUAGUUACAAUUACAUUUUGUUAUGCUAUUAUUCAACCAUUAAUGCUUGUUUUUUCAGCAUUUGCAUUUGCUUUAAUGUAUAUUGCCUUUUUAUAUAAUUUGAUUUAUGUUCAAGGUGUUGAUACUGAUAUGAGAGGAAGAAAUUAUCCAAAAGCCCUUUUACAAAUCUUUACUGGUAUUUAUUUGGCUGAAAUUUGUUUAUUAGGUUUAUUUAUUAUGGCUGAAACUUAUGGUCCUGUUGGUUUGAUUGGUGCUUUAAUGGUUGCUACUGUUGCAUUCCAUAUUUGGUUAAAAUAUAAAUUUGUUUCAUUGUAUGAUGCUGUCCCUGUUAAUGCAAUUUAUGAAGCUAGAGGUGAAGGUUCAUUAUAUCCAAAUCAUGAUCAAGGUUUUAAAGAAAUUAGAGAAACUGGUAAGAAUUAUAUUUCUGAUAAUGAAUCUAAAGGUUUUACAUCACAUGGUUUAGAUGAUACUAAACCUCCAGUUGUUCCAGGUUCAAGUACUGGUGGUGUUUUAGGGGAUUCUAAUUCUUCAAGAAAUGAAACUGUUAUUAAUGAUGGGAAUACAAAUACUUCAAGAACAAAUGAAAAAAUUGGUGAAGAUGGUGUUGAUGUUGAAGGAGGUCAAGGAAACUCUUAUGAUCAAAAACAAAUUGAAACUGAAACUGAUGUUAAUAAAAUUGGUUCCCAAGCAAAAGCUCAACCAUUAGAUGUUGUUAAAAGAUUUUUUGCACCAAAAUCUGGUUAUUCUUUCGCAUUAAUUCGUUCACAAUUACCAUCAAUUUUUAAUUUAUCACCAAGUUAUAAAUCUGAAUACUUGGAUAAUGCAUAUGUUGACCCAGCAGUAUCUGAUGAUGAACCUCAUAUUUGGAUCCCAAGAGAUCCUUGUGGUUUAUCAACUUAUGAAAUUGAAAAAACUGGUGGGAAAGUUGAUGUUAGUGAUGAACACACUGAAUAUGAUGAUAAAGGUAAAUUUGAUGUUACAGGUCCUCCACCUUCUUAUGAAGAAGCUGUUCAAACUUAG